UGACCCGGAAGUAGCUAGCCAGUUGUACUGGAGCGAAGCCAGCGGCUGUCUUCACCCUGCCUUCUUACUGAGUAGCUUUUGGGCUUCAACAGACAGCGGUUCUAGUAUCCACGCUGGUGGGGGAUACGGCCCGUAAGACAGCGGUCCACCGUCAGUAACACACAGUGAAAUGCCAAGAAAGUCGCGCUUCGCCAACAGAGCUCACCGAAGCUUUUGCACUGAUUUGUGAGCAGCAUCUCUGUGGAGCCCCUGUUAAUUGACGCUAGCCGGCUGGCGAGGUGUGAAAAGUCAGUGUCAUGACCGGAGCUGAGACUGAGGAUGAUAUUCCAUUAGGUGAAAGAAAGACUGUCACAGAUUUCUGCUAUCUCCUGGACAAGUCCAAACAACUCUUCAAUGGACUAAGAGACCUUCCUCAGUAUGGACACAAGCAGUGGCAAUCCUACUUUGGACGGACGUUUGAUGUCUACACUAAACUGUGGAAAUUUCAGCAGCAGCACAGGCAGGUUCUGGACAGUCGGUAUGGCUUGAAGAGAUGGCAGAUUGGGGAAGUUGCAUCAAAAAUUGGACAGCUUUACUACCACUACUACCUUCGUACCUCAGAAACAAGUUACCUGAAUGAGGCCUUUUCAUUCUACUCAGCCAUUCGUCAGCGGUCUUACUAUUUUCAGGUCAACAAAGAAGAUAGGCCAGAAUUAGUAGUGAAGAAACUUCGAUAUUAUGCUCGCUACAUAGUCGUCUGUUUACUGCUGAACAAGAUGGACCUAGUCAAAGUUUUGGUGAAGGAGUUAUCUGAGGAAAUUGAAGAUUACACUCAGCGAUUCAACACAGAGGAUCAAUUGGAGUGGAACUUAGUUCUACAGGAAGUGGCAGCCUUUGUGGAGGCAGAUCCAGUGGUUGUUCUGAAUGACAACAAUUCUGUCAUCGUCAUCAGCAAUCGGCUGCAGGAAGGAAGUGUGCCUCCACUGGAACAAGGCAUGGUGGUUGGCCAGCUCAUCCUUGCAGAUGCACUAAUCAUCGGCAACUGUAACAACCAGGUGAAGUUCAGUGAGUUAACCAUCGAUAUGUUCCGCAUGCUUCAAGCUUUGGAGAGGGAACCUGUAAACCUGGCUACACAGACCUCCAAACAAGGAACACUGGAACCCAAUGAGAAGCCAGCUAAACGAGAAAACCCUCACAAGUAUUUGCUGUACAAGCCAACAUUCAGCCAGCUUUUCACUUUCUUGUCUGCCUCUUUUAAGGAAUUGCCUGCCAACAGUGUUCUUCUUGUUUACCUGUCAGCUACUGGAGUCUUCCCCACUGGGCAUUCAGACUAUGAAGGACCAUAUGAUUUUGGAGGAGUUCUCACAAAUACAAAUCGAGAUGUGGUGAAUGGAGAGACGGUGCAGAAGAGGAAUCAGGCCCAGAAAGAAAUGCACUGCCUUCAUCCUGGUGACUUAUUCCCUUUCACCCGGAAGCCACUUUUUGUCAUUGUGGAUUCUUCAAACAGCACAGCCUUCAAGAAUUUCACAAAUCUGUUUGGCCAACCUCUGGUGUGCCUACUCUCACCUACAGCAUAUCCCAAAAGUGUACAAGAUCAGUCACAGCGUGGGAGUCUCUUCACUCUGUUCCUCUACAGCCCACUUUUGGCUUUCUCCUCUGUUUGUGGUUUAAACAGCGUGCGACGAGGACUGUGGGAUAAGGCUCAAGAAUUUCUUCGCAAAGUUUACCGUGACAUUGGGCAGAUGAUAACUCGAUCACGGUCCAUAGAUCAGGCCUUUUUGCAAUUCUUUGGUGAUGAGUUCCUUCGACUGCUGCUGAUCCGCUUUGUGUUCUGCUCAGCUACACUGAGACUGCAUAAACUGUUCCGGGAGUCCCGGAGCUUCCCAGAGUCGUACCCUGAGCUGCCAAAACAGGACACAGUGGAGAGCAGCCUUCUACAGAAGCAUAUUUUGGAGCUGGCAACCAUGCUGGACGUGCAGAGCCUCUUUUGGGAUGAUUCACUGGAAGCCUACUAACAUCUUUGCAAAGGGCAAAAUGGCAAAUGUGUACAUACAGACUCAACUGCCAGAGCCCUCACAGUUGUGCUGUUUUUUUUUGUUUGUUUUUUUUUAGCAGGUAAUGAAAUUACAGAUUCAGCACAUAAAAGUUCAUGUCCUGCAUUUAACUGUUAUUUGUGGACGCAAAUGUAGUGCAGCAUUAAAAUGUUCAAAUAGGUAAGCCAGAGAGUUUAAUAUACCGGUAGUGUAAAUUCCCAUUUUGAGUAUCAGCGGCUUGCCUUGUGAAUAUAAGCAUCAUUUAAGAUAAAACUCACCGUUCCCCAUACAAGUGCAAGGAUCAAAACUGCAGCCUGUGAAUUUAUUCCUCAUGUCAGACAGCUGUGAAGAAGUUGGCAGUCUUGGUUGUGCAUUUUGUUUUUGAAAUAAUAUUUGUCAUUGUUUAUCAGAGUGAAGGUUGUGUAAGCCAAAAGAUCAAGGAAUGGAAAAAUCCUGGGCAACUUCCAGGUGUGACUUUAGCUGUGUGAAGGCAGAGAACACAGUGCCAAUCAAAACCUCUCCGCGUCAGUAAAUAUUCUAAACCAGUGUGAUAUUGGAACAUUAUCCUCAAACUAGUUGAAAUUUGUGGUUGGAGUUUUGUAUUUGCCAAACAGUGCUUACUGUGAGACAGCUUUUCUUGUAUCAGGCCGAGAUGCAUGAGGUUUUUGUUCUGUUGCUUGUUGUAGGACAUCAUUAGUUGUAAAGAUAUCAUCAGAGAUACCAUUGUCCAUAGUUUUGACCUUGUGUGUUUUUAGACUUAGACAGACUUCAGAAUUACACCAUACAGUGCACAUCAGAAUGAGAUUCCAUUGCACUGGCUUCCACUAGGGUAGUUUUGACCUUUCCAUAUCACUGUGCUGUAUCUGCAUGCAAAGAAAUGUAUCCAUUUUGUUCUUCUAGCCACAAAGAGUGGCCUCAAAAUUUAAGGAUAUAAAAUGGGUUGUAGAUUUUAAAAUGGCAUGGGGUUGGGGUUUUGGAGUAAGUACAUGCAUGCAUGGGCCUGUACAUUUAUAAGUGAGUCAACAAACCAAGACAAUCUAGUGAGAGAUAACAGAGGAGGUCAUCCAGUGAAAAGGUAACAUGUGGUAUGAGUGGCCAAAGCCCCCUGUAACCUUCAUGAUGACGGGAUUAUCAUGUGACCUGCCAGUUGUUUUGCUUGAAUGGAAAAUCAUUGGCUUGCCUCCUUAUGAACUGCAGGUGACACAAGUCACCUCCCUCCUUAAUGAAUUGCAGUCAUAUUGCCUUUCGUGGGUUUUACUCCACCAUAGAUCCGCUGCUUGAGGCUGACAGAUGCUUCCACCUUUGUCAGUGACUGUAACCACAAAAAAGCCCAAUGUGGUGAAAGGAGGGCAAGGCUGUGGGAGCUGAGGAAGGAUAAAGAGCAGCAACCACCAUGCUAACUUUAACUACUCAAAACAACUGAGACCAUGACCUUGGAUUUUUUUUCACUUUGUCUUGGGAGAGAAGUUGCUAAAUUAUACAGCCCAAAUGAUAGUUUUUGCAUCUGUUGCAUCUGUUUGGGGUAUACCUGUUUGUUAACCUGGACAGCCCGUUUCCUCCGCUCAGCUUCUCUGUGACGGCCAUCACUGUGGUUUAAUGCAGCUGAAUUCACCAUAUAGUUGGUCACAGCUGGAAUCUGUGUACAGUCAACAUUAGACUUUUUACAGCCAUCAUAUCUAGUGUUAAAUAAAGAAACUGCAGCUUAAAGCACUUCUGCGCUGCUUCAUCACUUGGCCAUGUUGGUUGCUGCUUGCAAGCAAGAACUCUUGACAUUUUAAAAAACCAAGCUAGUUUGUAGGUAGUUAAAAUUUUCUGUCUUAAAUUUUCACAGAGGAAUGAAGUGGAUGACAGGAAGCAUCGUAUCAUCUAAAAUGAUCCUGUCAAUGGCCUUAAACCAGGCAGCCACCUGAGGAGCUUUUCACUCAAACAUAGUUAUGCUGAGGCAUUCAGCCUGUGGUGAAAGGUACAUCCCUGGGUUCAAAUAUGGCAGAAGACCUCUAUCAUCAUUCAUCCCUCUCUCUCUCAGACGUUUCUGUCUCCACUUCCAACUGCCAAAGUUGGAAAAAAAAUGCUCAGAACAAUCGAGGCAAUGGAUAAAUGGAAGUAUCGGAUUACAAAACAUUUGAGUGAUUUUUAAAAAAGCGUUUUCCUAACUAGCACUUCUAGAGACAUCAUCCAGGUACUUUUUCAUUCAUCUCAUGUAUUGUAUCGUGUUGAGUUUUAUUCAGAGCUUGGAAAUAGUAUUUCAGUAGAUUUCAGUUGUCUGUUCUUGGCUCUGGUGCCAGGAUUAAAACCCAGUCAGUCAUUUCUUUCAAAGCUCAUCCCUUUGUCCAGCAGUUCUAAGCCUCGCUAGGCUUCAGUCUUUUCAUUUUUGUUUGGACACUUUCAUAGAUUUUGACUUCUACUCUACAACUUAACAGAAUGUUUAUGAGCUUUGCUGCAGGGGAUUUUUUCUGGCAUCAUCAGAGAGGAGUGAUUGCACAUGCUGUUGCAGUGAUGCUGAUUCUGAAACCAGCUCACAGUUAUCAGCCCUUGACCAAAAUGUUCAAAUAAUGCAGCAAUGCAGGAAGUAGCCAAGCUGGCCAGUGGAAAUUAAGUUUUGAAUUGAGAGAGAUGAUGGGAAGAAUUUGUAUUCUAUUUGUAGUGUAUUCUAUUUAUUGACAUUGUUAAAAUAUGUGUACAGAUAAUGUAAAGCAAUGUUUUGGCACAGAUGUGUUUUGUUCAGUAUUUGAAAGAGGAGGAGGAGCAAAAUGUUAAUGAGACCAGUUUGUUCUUUGGCCACUUUUCUUAAAAUGUUACAUUCCAACUUUCCAAGGACCUGAACAGUGACAGAGGAAACUGCUGCUGUCCUCUCCGUUUAACAUUUGUCUGGGAAAGUGACUCAUUUCUACUUUUUCUUCUAUUUUUAUUUUAAUAUCAACUUCCACGUUCCCUGUUGUGAUAGUUAUGAUGAUUAAGAUAUUGUAGGCUUGCACUUUAUGAAGUUUAAUAUUGUUAUGAUCUUGUUUGUUGUGCUUGACAGAAAAAAGAGAAAAAUCCCUCUGUGUUAUUGUUCUUCAUGGCAGCCCUUCACAUUGGUGAACAGCUGUGUGAGUCAGUGAUUUCAAACAUUUUCCCAUAGAAACUUUUCAUCUGUCACUGCUGUUGCUUUUUUAACAGCCUCUGCCUGAAUUGUGUCAAACACAUUGGCUCAUUUUCAAUAAGUGUUGAAAAAUGGCUGCAAUAACAUGUCCAUUUACAUGUCGGAAAAAAAAAGAAAUCCUAGUAUUUUACAGUUAGUGGUGGCCUGUAACAAUGCUGUCAGUGCCAGACAGUAUUUUUUACUUUCCAAGGGAAUCCAACCAUUUUUUUAAAUACAGUUUUGGACAUCAGUUUGGACAGAAGAAGAAGUGGAGACAUUUAUUCAUCUAAAUUGUCAAAUAUUGCAUGUUGACAAAUUUGUAUGUUAAGUCUCAAAAACUGUUUAUACACCAACCAGCCACAACAUUAAACAUUAAAACCAGUUACCCCACACACACACACACACACACACACACCAUUCUGGUGACUGGUUUUAAUGCUGUGGCUGACUGGUGUAUGUUAUGAUGUUAUAAUGUUAUUGUAUGGUGUGUUCCCUAAAACUCAAUUCAUGAAAAAAAUACAACCCAUGAAAGGGCAGAUAAUGAGCAUUACCUAAUAAAAAAAACCCAAGCAGUGAUGUGACACUGUACAAUGACUAUAAAUAAGACACAAAUAAAUGAGAUAACUUCUAUCCUCUUUUAAGAUCAUUUGCUGUAUUGAUGUCUUAUGUGCUUCAUGUUUAAAACAUGGUCACGAAUAUAAACACUUGAUUUAUUAUGUAGCACCAGAGGGAUCAUUAGUGCAGAAAAAAGCUCCUUUUGAAUUUGCCUGUAUUCCUUCAUAGACCAAUGCUCCUUGAUACAUGAUUAUGCAUUGUAUUAGUGUGUGGAUAUUUGUUUUUUAUGUCAUGUUUUCAAUUUUACAUAAGCUACCCAGCAGCAUAUGAAGCAUGGUGCAGUACGUAGCAUAAAGUGAUUCUGUAUGAUGCAAAUGGAAUUUCCAGCUUCACAUAAUUUGAUUGGUGUAGAUUGUUACAGAACCCUUAAAGUCUUGGAAGCUUAUUAGUUCUUAUUAGUUCACAAGAUCUUAGCAAUACAUUUUGUGUACACAAGAGAUUAAUUUGUGAAAACAAGACAAGUCAUGUACAGAUAACUUGUUCAAACAAGAUUUCAGUUUGUGUAGACAAGCUAGUAUUUUGUGCAAACCAGACAACUUCUAUAAACAAGACAACUUAUGUGAAAAACUAAUUAAUUGAUACAAACAAGAUAAGUUGUGCACACAAGACAACAACUUAUGCAAUCAAUGAUCUUUUUGAUGGUGUGUUUGAAGUUACUAUCAGAUCUGACAGUCAGUGGCCGAUCUGUAGAAUCAUGCAGAGUUAACACUAAUGGGAUUAUAAAGCUUUAUGCAGAGUGGACACUGUGACAAACCUGCGAUAAAACCCCACUGAGACACCAUUCAUUUCUCCUGUACUGCCAUUGCCUUUACCUGUGAUGAAAUAGUUUAUAAACUGCUGAGUGUUCAGAGAUAUCAUAAGUGAUUCAUGUGUUGUAGUCACCCUUGUUGGAUAAAGAUGUCACUGUGGUUAAAGCCUUGCUGUUUUUGAGAAUUUGGGCUAUCCCUUAUUGUGUUGUUUUGUUUUUGUUUUGUUUUUUCAUGUAUAACCACUCUAACCUAGAUAAGGAGAUGAUGUUUCCAGCUGCUAUUUCCUAGCAGAAAAUGUUUCAGCUACUUUAAUAUAUUAAGUCAACAUCAGAUUUUUGUUCCAGUACCACAGAAUCACAGGUUUCCUCUCUAAAGCUACCACUAUGCACUUCUGUCCAACAUUCCUAUAAAGAAAGCGCAUAGAGGAAUAGCACUGACUUGACAGACUAAAUAGCAGGGUGGAUUUAAUGGCUGGUAGUAGGGGUAGAAUCCAUCGGAGCAUGUGAAAUAAACCUGUUUUAUACAUAGAUGCACAAGCACAAAGGCCACUGUUCCAUACAAGGGACCCACAUCCACAGUGAAGCAUGUCCACCACACCUUUUGGGAACACAUCACAAAUAACUGCCAACCUAGUGAUCCUGUUUUCUCCCCCUGAUCUGUAGGGGCGAUUUCUACGCUUUUAUACUUGUAAAAAUGUUCAAAAGUAGGGUGAAGCCCUUCUUUAUAGCGAUGUGUGACUUGCUUGUUGUGAAUUUCAAUUUGGUGUCAAACUGUCAAAUGUAUUUUCAGUAUUUCAGUUUUUAAAAAAAUGCACAGAUGA